AUUUAUUUAUUUUUCUCAUCUUUCUAGUUUGUAACAGAGUUUGUAAAGAAGGAGAGUUUGUGGCGGUGUUCAAACUUCAGAGCUGAACUUACACCUUCUUUCUGCAACACACACAACACAAUUCAAUUUCUUCUUUCACUUUGAUCCUCGUUUUCUCUCUAUUUUUUCCGAAUUCUCUCAUAGUAGGAAGAGACCAUGAAAUCCGGCAGAGACAAAGAGAAAGAGAACGAUCGCUACAUCAGUUCGCAUAUGCAGAACCUCCAUCGCCGUCUUCUCCACGCCCUAAACCUUGGCACCAGACAUUUUGAUGAGAAGACAAAUAGGUGGAGGUGGCAGUGCGCCAACAUUGAAGUGCAGAAAAAUGUACUACGAUCAAUUGGUGCCUUUCUUGAUUCCUUAUCGGGCGAUGCACGUGCAGCACGUCAUGCUGUUGUUAAGGAAUCUCUUCCUGAUAUUUUAGGAGCAUUAUUAUGGAUUCUUCAAUGCAAAAAUGAGGUUUUAUUAAGCAUGGCGUCAAAUGUUGCAGUGAAGUUGGUUAGUGUUCUGCCUAAUCCGUUGUUGCAAUCACAUAUGUUGGAUCUUGUUUAUUGUCUAUCAUCCUUGCUAUCUUCACAUCAAGUAGAAGUUGCUAUACCCUGUGCUACCACUUUGAAUUUUGUAAUCUCAAAUCUGAGUGCUACAAAUGAGAAGGAUGUUAUGGAAGCACUGAAAGAAACGGAGGCUUCCCUUCGGAUUGUUGGAAAUAUAAAGGAUUUUGCUGAAGGUGUAAAGAAAAUUGAGUAUUUCGAAGAGAUGACUUUACUUUUGAGCACUAUACUAUGGCGCUGGCCUCCGUCUAGGUUCUCUGUUUGUAAUGAUGUAAUACUUAUGAAAGGUUUAGCAAACAUCCAUACAAAGACAGAUAGUUCUAUUAAACUUGCACUUCUAAAGUUGUACACGUCAAUAGCUUUAUGUGAUUCUGCAGCAAGAAGACUUAUAGAGGAUGAAGAAAUAUUUCCACAAAUGUUUGUGCAGGCAAUGGGAAAAUCAAACCCUCAUGCUAUUCGGAUAGAAGGGUUUAGGCUUGCUCAGUGCCUAUUGAGAUCCCAAGAUAAUUGUUUAAAAGUGGUUGGUUUGUGUGGUGAUGCUCUUGUUGAGGCCAUAAUUUGUGGAAUGACAGAAACUAGGCUGACUUCUAAAAAGUUUGGAAACAACCAUGGGUCUUUGUCAGUGGAAGCAUGCCAGUUGGCUCUAAUAACUCGCUGGGCAGGUGAUCAUCAUACCAACUUUUGGAAACAAGGAAUUGAUAGAGUCCUUCUUAGUCUUCUGAUUGAAAAUAUUGAAGACCAAUUGUUUGAACCCGUCCUGGCUUUGGAAAAACAAAUAUAUAUGGCAAAAGAGGGAUUAAAAGCCAAUUAUCAUCUUGGUCGUAGGAGUUAUCUGUGGGACAUUCUUGGGUGGCUUACAAUUCACUGUGGAGAAAAUUUAUACCCUUAUACUCGUGGUAGUGAGCUCUGCAUCAAGUUACUAAUUACAUGUGCAUGCUUGAGUUUUGUGGAUACACUUGAAAAAUGGUGCAGAAUUUGUCAAAAGGAUAUUGAUGAUCAUUUUCAAAGUGAACCAGUAUCAAGGACUGUUCUAAUGAUGAUUCAUUCUCCAUGUAAUUCCAUCUCCUCACACACUAAAUUCUUAUUAUCAGAUGUACUGAAGGUGAAAGGCAUGCCAUGCUUGAAAAGCUUAUUACAUACUCUAGAUUAUACAUCAUCCCUAGAAAGCUAUGGUUCAUUUGAUAAACUUCAACUGGUUAUUAAUUUAAUUGGGUUUACUUGUCUUUCAAGUUUACCACAAUACCGAAGAUGUAUCAUUGAGAGCAAAGGGAUAAAGGUGAUUGUUCUUCUUCUGAAACGAUGCUUAAAUAAUGACAUUCAUAUCGAAAGGCAAAGCUUUACUCCUCAUUUGCAUACACAUGAAAGGUCUUGUUGCUGUUUUGAUAAAGAAGAUUGGGAAGGCUCCAACAUUCUCUUGUUUUAUAGUUUGUUGGCCUUAACAGAAAUUCUUCAUCAGUGUGACCUUUUACAAGAGAAUCCUCAGCAAUUUUCUGGAGAGGUGACAAACAUUACACCACAGUUUGUUAGCAAACUUCAAGAGAUCUAUAAAAGCAACUCUUUCAGUCAUGGUGUGAGAUGGUAUGUUUCUUAUAUUCUAACUUAUUUUGGAUAUUAUGGUUUCCCAACUGAAUUAGCCAAAAGGAUCGGAAAAUCUCUCAAUAAGGAAGAAUACUCAGAUAUGAAGCUUGUCUUAGCAAAUGGGGAAUCUCUGAGUGUUCAUGUUGCUAUUCUUGCUGUUCGAUGUCCAUCACUAGUGCCUCCUCAAUUGUUGCUCUGUAGGAAGAGUUCUAAAGAGAUAGCAGAUGAGUUUGUCAGAGGGACCGUGAGAGAAGUUCGAUUAUCUUCUCAUGUUGAUUAUGAAGCAUUGGUGUUGUUGUUGGAAUAUGUAUACUCGGGAUGCUUACAUGCCAGUGAAGAAACAGCAAAGAAGCUAAAAAUUCUUGCUAAGCGCUGCAGUCUACAGCCUUUGUUCCAAAUGCUUGACAGACAGCGUCCUAAAUGGGGCUUACCUUUCCCCAACUUUAAUCUUACGUCAGCUUUUGGUUUAGCUGGAAGUUGUUUUUCGGAUAUAAUAUUGGGAGCUAAAUCAAAUGAGCUUGUUGGGUGGACAUGCGAUAUUUGUUCUGACACAGUACCCCAUAUGCAUGUUCACAAAGUUAUAUUGCAGUCUGGUUGUGAUUAUCUACAAGGUUUGUUCCGGUCAGGAAUGCAAGAAAGUCAUUCACAAGUAAUAAAAGUUGAUAUUAGCUGGCAAGCAUUGAUUAAACUAGUGCAGUGGUUUUAUUCUGAUGAGCUGCCUGGUCCUCCAUCUGGAUGCUUGUGGGAUAAUAUGGAUGAUCAAGAAAAGCUAUUUAAUCUACAACCAUAUGUGGAGCUUUAUUGGCUUGCUGAGUUCUGGAUUUUGGAAAAUAUUCAGAAAGCUUGCUUUAAUGUUAUUAUGUCUUGUCUUGAUUCUUCCUGGCGGUUGUCCAUUAGAAUAAUCAAAAUGGCUUAUAAUCUCUCUCUGUGGAAGUUAGUUGAUAUUGCGGCAAAUCUCAUGGCUCCUUCAUAUCGUCAAUUACGAGAUUCCGGUGAACUAGAAGAAUUUGAUGAUGCACUAGUGGACUUGAUUUAUUCUGCUUCUAUCCAACUUAACUAAGAAGCAAAAAUUGCUUUUGGUGAAUCAACACUCUUCAAGAUGGUUCAUAGUGCAAGAGAUUCUGGAGGCAUAUACUAACUUUUUUGGGAGCUACAAACUUUGUCAAGUAUGGCGUCAGAAGGACCUGGGAUGUGGCUUGCUCCAUGAUUCAAAGCAAGUAAAACAAUUUGUUGUGGUGGAGGUUAGAGAAAACUUUUUGCUCGUGAAAAAUUCUAAUGUUUGGUCAAUUUAGAAUGCUCUUAUAACUUAGUAGUUCCUUAAAAAUAAUUCACAAUAGUCAAUUUAUAUUUGUUCCCUCCUUUUUGCUCUUAUUGAGGUGCUUUCUUGGAUUUAAAUUGCAGUUGAAGAUGCCAUGCCAUGCAUGCCCUUUGAUUUAUGUCCACAAACCUUUAGUUCAAAGCUCAUUUCUCUCUUUUAUUUUGAAAACACAUUCAUUAUUUCCUCCAUCUGUAUUCAUAGGAUUUUCUGUGUUUUAUUUUGAAAACACAUUCUAACUAAUAGUGUUUUUGUCGUACUCGUAGUUAUUCGUAGUGCAAACUAUCUGCUUUGAGAAAUUUUCCAUCCCGGUCCAAGUAAAUUAUUACUUUGUAACUUGUCAUUUAACAACUGACAAGAAAUUAUUUUGCUUUUCAUGAACUCUUUCCAAAACUUGCUCACACUAAAGAGGAUCCCUCUCAUAAUCAUCUCUACCAGUGUUCCAUGUAGUCUAUAAAUUUUAUACAUGAGGUGCUAAGCAAGUGUUAUGCCUAUACAGGGUCCCAAAAUGGGCAUACUUGUUCAUACAAUCAAUGAUGACCGAAACAAAUAGUGUCUUUUCCUAGGCAGUAAAAACAAUUUUGGGACCUGUCUUUAGCUGCUUCUUCUGCCAUUAAAGCUCUUGACACUUUCGAAGAGUUUUUGGGAGCAAAAGGGUACAUUCUUGGCUUUUCCAGUUGACUGACAUUCUUGGCAGCAGCCAUGUAAUAACAUUCCUACUCAACAUUUUCCUCUCAGCUUUUCUCUGAAAUGUGAUUUCUUGCAUAUAUGUGCCAGACUUUGAGCUUCUGUCAUGGUUCUUGGCUUGAACAAACAGACCAAGCAUCAACAGGGUAUUCUUAAAAUGAGCAAAGUUCACAGAAAAUUGCAUCAAAUUCAUCAUCAUUAAAUUCUGCCAAGGUGCCACGUUGUAGUAGACACAUCAAAACUUGAAAGUGAUCUUCUUUGUGGCAUGUAUGAUGGAGCCCUACUCUGUGACCACGUCCAAGAUUGCUGGAGGCAUUGUCUCCUUAGCGUAUUAGUUGCUCCAGCUUGUAUGAUAGUAUAUCCCAACACCAUAGCUUCAGGGAUCCUUUGUAUUUCAGCGCUGUACCAGUAGUAUCAUUGUUGAAUUUGUAUGUAGGGGUUUUUGAACUUCUUCUGAGAUAUCCCUCUUAUUUUAUUGAUUUGCAGUUGAAAUAUUUUUCAUA